AUGUUUCCGUCCCAUGCUCAAGGAGGUUUCUGGCUCAGGGCUGGCGCCAUUGGUACCCUGCUCGUUGCCGCUGCAUCGGGAAGUCCAGUCACAUCCAACAGCUCUCUGAUUGUCCAUGUUCCAUCGUACGGAUCCUAUGUCGGAAAGACUCUUUCUAACACCACGUCCGGUCACCCGCUUGCGAAGGAGGUGGACGUAUGGUAUGCCAUCAACUAUGCCGAACAACCUAUCGGCGACCUUCGUUUCGCCCCAGUCGGGUGGCCUCCUUCCUCGAACGGGACAAAGGACGCUACUUCGUAUGGCAAAGUCUGCAUCCAAGAGCCCGGAAACUCAAACUUGGUCACUUAUAUCACGACGGAGUUAGAAUACGGCGAAGACUGCCUCAACCUCAAUGUUUACAGGCCGACGGGCGUGAGCGCUGAUAAGAAGCUACCCGUUCUAGUUUGGAUUCAUGGUGGUCUUUUCCGCAAUGGCGCCGGCAUAACCUUUGACGGAGCUUCACUGGUUGCCUCCUCUUCAGAGCCACUCAUCGUCGUGACUUUCAACUACAGACUGGCCGCCUUGGGUUUCUUGGCAAACCCCAUCCUGUCAGACCUCGGCAACGUCAACCUUGGCCUCCAAGAUCAACACCAGCUUCUCCGCUUCGUCCACCGGUACAUCUCAGCAUUCGGAGGCGACCCCGAGCGCGUCACCCUGGGCGGCAAAUCGGCUGGUGCUCAUUCUGUGGGCUUCCACUAUCAGAACACUUUCACUCCUGGCGAAGAGCUGUUUCAGCAGGCAAUCUUUCAGUCUGGCGGUCCAACGGGACGCUCGUUCCCUAGUGCGUGGGACCCGUUGACGAUUAGGCAGUUUGAGCAAUAUGUGGAAGGAGUUGGUUGUCAGAGCAAUGAGACUGCAGAAUUGUUGCUUUCCUGCUUGAGAGGCGUGAAUGUUGAAGUCCUGGAGGAGACCGCAACUGCCUUAUUAGCGGCGUAUCGAUUCAACGGCACUCAUCCUUUCCAACCUGUGUCCGAUGCUGCCAUCAUUCCUCGUCUCCCGUCGGAAACCUGGGAUGCAGACACAUGGAACCGCCUGCCGGCUCUAACAUCUUUCAUCACCGACGAGGGCAGUCUGUACGCCCCCACCAACCUAACCACGGACGAUGAAGCAUGGGGUUGGCUUUCCAACCUCUAUCCUGGGCUCAACGAAAGCGACAGAGAAAUUUUCUCCCGCUUGUACCCGGAUCCCCAAACCGACGUAGCAAGCCCUUUUGCAGACUCCCGGGGCCAGUCCGCUCAGUUCACCCGACUGACUGCGGUUUACGGCGACACAUUCUACAUCAGCGCCUCCCAGGAGAUUGCCACGCGUCUGUCUGCUGCAGAUAUUCCUGUGUGGAAAUUGCACUGGAACACUAACAACAGCGUGGCAUCGUAUCUCGGCAUCUCGCAUGGCUCUGACGUUCCAUAUGCCUGGGCCGAACCAGACACGCAAUACCCACAAGCCGGGACUAUUCUAUCAAGGUUUUACGCCAACUUUGUGGUCAACGGUGACCCGAACAAGUUCAAAGCUGCGGAUGCCGCACAUUGGAAGGAGUACAUUGACCCCGGCUCGGAUAGCCUGGGUUGGCAAGUGAAUGUCAGUAAGAAUGGGACAUGGGUCGAGAAGGACGAUAUUCGAAGGGAGGCCAUCGAGUAUUGGAGGUCCAUUCCGAAGAAGCUGGAUCACUAA